UCCCCAGACGCGUCCUGGCAUGUCGACUACCGCGAUACAGCCUUCAUCUACUUUGGCGGCCUCCCCUACGAUCUCUCCGAAGGCGACAUCAUCACGAUAUUCUCCCAAUACGGCGAACCCGUGUUCCUCAAACUCGUCCGCGACAAGGAGACGGGCAAGUCAAAGGGCUUCGGCUGGCUAAAAUACGAAGACCAGAGGAGCACCGACCUCGCAGUGGACAAUCUAGGCGGCACCGAGAUUGGCGGGCGACUGCUUCGGGUAGACCAUGCGCGGUACCAG